CACAACAACACCAACAACAACAGUCUGACGACGAGAGACACCCGAACCAAGGCGCAACAGAAACUGUUCAUCUGCACGGAACCGCACUGCGGGAAGUCGUUCAAGCGCGCCGAGCACCUCAACCGGCACCGGCGGAUGCACACGGGCGAGCGGCCGUUCGCAUGCAACGAGGCCGGGUGCGACCGCCGCUUCUCGCGCUCGGAUAACCUCGCCGCGCACAAGAAGACCCAU